AUGCUAUCCUACUUAAGAUUUUUUAGAUUCGCUUCUUUCAAAACUGACCCCUAUGUAAUCUUGGGAAUUAGUAAAGAAGCUUCAAUGGAAUAGAUUAAACAGGCGUACAUUGCGAUGUGCAAGAAAUGUAAUGAAAUUGAUUGAGUUGAAGAUCACCCUGAUUUGAAUAGUGAGACUGAUGCCAAGGAGAAAUUUGCAGAAAUACAUUAGGCUUAUAAUCUAUUGAAGCAACGCAAGUUUUAUGAAUAAGUGGAAGAAGAAUUCAAACAAAACUAUUAGUAAUUUUGAUUCCUAUUAUAGCCAAGCUCAUACAGAGGAGGAAUGUUUCAAAUAAGUGUUUGGAUUCUAUUUCUAUGAGAAUCCAUAAGAAUAUUAUAAGCCUGAGAAUGCACAGAAGAGGGCUGAUUAUCAGGAGAUGCUGCGUAAAUAUCAAUCUAAAAAUGGGAAACAAGAGUCGUCUAAUCAACAAGUAGUUAAUGAUGUAAAGAUAAACAGAAACUUCAAUUCCGAGAGUAUUUACAGUAACUAAUUUGUAUGCAAUCUAGGAUAUAGCGAUCAUAGUCUGCUUAAGGCAUUGAUGAUGUUCACAUUUGUUGUGUCAGUAACGAGUGCCUACAUUUUCUUCUAUAAGAGAUCGACUACUUAUGCUAAAAACACAAUUACAGACUCUUAAAUUAUCAGGAUGAGAACCUUAUCUUUGAUCAGACAGCAGAAAGGAGCUGAAGAAAAAUAAUUAAAACUUUGAUG